UCCACCCACCUCUCGCCUCGCCUCUCCGACCAACGCCUUCCCUUCCUCGCAUCAAAAGCACCCGACCGUUGCCACCUAAGCCCGAGGUCUGAAGGGAGUGGGAGCGCCCGCCCACCACGCCACGCGCGCACACCGCCGCGGGCCGCACGGUGUUUCUCUCUUUCUCCGGCGGCCGAUGUCCGCGCGGCGGGCGGCCAAGUGCCACCACGCGGCGGAGACUCCGCCGGCGCCGCGGAUCCUCAACCUGCCGAGGAGGCCGGCGGGCGGGAGGACGACACGGAGCGCCGGGCGCGCGCAGCAGCCACGGCCAGCGCCGGCGGGGCCGGUCAACCUCGGCGCGCUGUUCGAGAUGGAGCGCCGGGUGCGCGGGCUGGAGUCCGCGCCGGCGUCGCCGCCUUACUCCAGGGCCGCGCGGUCGCAGGAGGACGCCGGGGAGCAGGAGGAGAAGUGGCGGUUCCAGGCCGAGAUCCUCCGCGCCGAGUGCAACUUCCUCCGGAUGGAGCGGGAGGUCGCGAUGCGCAAGCUCGACCGCCACCGCGGCCAGAUGGAGGCCGCGCUCAAGUCCGCCGUCGAAACACUCGUCUCGGGGAGGAAGAAGAUCGACGGGAGGGGUGACGUUGGCGUGGCGGCAGCGUUGGACGAGGGGAUCGAGGACCUGGAAGAGAUGAUGGAGGAUCUACGCGUGGAGAAGGAGAGCGGCAGGAGGGCAGUGAGCGGCAGGCGGGAGCUGCAGAGGAGCAACGGCAGGAACUUCGACCGGCAGGCGUCCUCGCUCCGCCGGCGCCUCGAGAAGAUGCCACCAGCCGACGCCGAGCCCUGCGUCAAGGACAUCCGCGAGAUCGCGCUCCCCGUCGCAACGCAGUCGCCGCCGCCACCCGCCGAGCACAGCGACGACGAUGACCAUUCCAACAGCGCCAGCCUCUCUGAUGUGGAGAUGCUGAGGAUGAAGAUGGAGGGGAUGUCGAAGGGGAUGCGGGAAAGGAUGGCGGAGUACAGUCGUCGGCUGGAAUCCGUCGCCGGCGACGACGGCAACAACGCUGACGAUUGCCACUCCAGGAAAUGCGGCAGCCGUCACAGUCGAAAGGCGAGCGCGAGCAGCCAGAGGAGCUGGAGCGGCGGCAGCACCACCAAUGCGGGGGCGUCCCGCGACACCACCGCCUCGCACGGUCGCAGCCACCACAACGUGGCGCCGGAGAAGCAUCAUCACCAGCACAAGAGUGUUUCUGAAGAGUGCAAAUUGGUGGGUUCAGGAAGCUGCUGCGACUGCAGGGAGAUCGUGGGGAAGAUAAUGGAGCAAGUAAGAACAGAAUCAGAGCAAUGGACUGAGAUGCAAGACAUGUUGGAGCAGGUCAGGUUAGAGAUGCAAGAGCUGCAGUCUUCAAGGGAUAUAUGGCAGCGUCGUGCUAUUGCCUCUGAUAUCAGUCUACGCUCCUUAAAUUCUCAAGUGCUGGAGUGGAAACAUCGUGCGCAAGUCUCUGAAGAACACGUGGAAGAGCUGCAGAAGAAGAUCUCGGAGCUGGAGAGCAAGCUGCACACCUUCAAGGUCCAUUUCCCUACCCCAGGUGGUCAUCAGCCUAACCAAGAAUGGUCGGAGGCAUGCAAGAUGGAGAAGCCAAGAAGCAAGGCUCAGCCGCACCCGCGGCCGUCGCCGCACGAGUGCGGCGGCAAGGAGAAAGAGAAGCACGUCCUCAUCUGCCGCGUGAGGCACUCGCCCAGCGUGGUCACCAAGCGCCAGCCGUUCCAGGAGAUCGGCAACAUCGGCUUGCCACGGCAUGCAGCGAUGAAGCGUUGAUGAGGAGAAAGAGAAUAGGCUCGUCUCUGCCGCAGCCAAGGUUCCAGGCAGGAGUUCUGAAGAGAGAAUUCUGUCAGUCAAUCUCGCACCUCCAAGCUGCUUCGAUCAACCAGUAUUACUAUCUACUAAAUAAAUAAAAUUAUAACCCACUGAUGUGCGUGUGUAAUGACGCCUGACUUCUCGUCAGAUCUGUAGUGAGUAGUAGCCGGUAGAGGUAGCUGAGCUUGAGACGGAGUUAAUUUUCGGGGUACAGUGUUGAGGAAUAGGUAUGAAUAUGAUACGUAUGUAGGCGAAUGCUUCCCUUUUGCUCGUAUAUGCAGUUUUGUUCCUGCUUCUUCC